GGCAUCGAGAAAGGGCAUCGACAACGCAGUUGCUUUUGCUUGGGGGGUGGCAAAUGGUGAAUGUGAAUUGGGCAAGAAAGUCUAACCAACGGGGUUGGCGCGACGUGAUGUCUUUCUUGGUGAAAAUAGAGGAAAUGAUGGUGUUCGUCCGUGCGGAUUGUGAAAUAUUGCCUGUCGAGGUACGGGUGCCAGACUUUGAGGUUGUGGAUCAUGACAAUGAGCUCCUUCUCGUUGGAGGGGUAAUUCAUUUCCGCGGGAAGGCGUUUCUUGUUGGCGAAGGCGAUGGGGUAUUCGCCGGGUGGGGCCUCAGGGUGGGUAGGGGAUUCCUUGAUGGAGGGAGUUGCGGUGGUGUCACGAGAAAAAUGUUGGGACAGGACGGCUCCAAUGGCAAAGUCGGAGGCUUCAGUGGUGACGUAGAAAUGGCGGGUACGGUUGGCGAUCUUGAUGACGGGGGCGGUGGUAAUGAGUUGUUUGAUGGCGUCGAAGGCGUUUUGGCGGCGGUCGUUCCAAGUGAAGGGUUUAUCCUUGCGGAAUUUUUGCUCUCUGAGGAUACAGAGUACUUGGCGGAGAUGCUGAAGGUGGGACUCGAAGGUGAGGCUAUAGACAAGGAUAUCAUCGAGGUAAAAGUCGACACAGACUUCGAGGAGGUCGUGGAAAAUGUGGUUCAUGGUGGAUUGGAAUGUGGUGGGGGCGUUGGUGAGGCCAUUAUCAACAUGCACAACUUCCCUUCGUUUAGCAAGAAGGACCUAGAUCUUGAAGCAAAGAUAGGGCAUGGACGUAAUCCCACGACAGAUGGUAGGAAGAAGUCAUUGCCUACCAACUGGAAGGCGAAGGGCCGCAUUAUGUUCGUCGACAACGAUGGUUCUACCAUCGAGUUGGACGACGAGUUCCAGGCGGGAGAAGGUUCAGAGGCUGGCAGCGUAGAGGCUUCAGGGGGUGGAAUAGUCGCUUCCGUAGCUCAAAAAGAUACAGUGAUUGAGGCUGAUAGGCCGCGACGAAAGCGAGGUGGAGGAGCUUCAAGGAGCCAAGGGCUUGGGGGUUUGGCAGGACCAUCGCCCUCAGUUUUGUUGCCGGCCCCAGCUUCAGGGCCGACUGGUGGAACAAAGACAGCAAUGCGAAUACUCGAAAGCUACGUAUUGUUGGGCGGGGCUGAGUUUCUACAGCAGCAUGCACAGACAGUUGUGAGAAUACUGGACAGUGUUGUUGGGAAUGUCAAGGAGAAAGGAAUGGUGGUGACAUUGCCUCUGAUUGAUCUGAUGAUUCAGUGCUUCCCGGCAGAGUCACCACCCUUGCUGGAACCUGUGCUGAAGAAGCUAAUGAUGAUCGUGGUGAGGGGACAGGGAGAGUCUGAUAUGAUAAGGGCUCAGGCAGCCACCGUCCUAGCAAGAGUGCUUCUGCAGAACAGCACCUAUUUUGGCCAGCUUCUUUCCAAUGAUACGCUGGUUUCAGCUCUUCAGCAGCAGCAAAAUGUGUCCACGGGGUCAUCGUCAGGCGGCCCUCUUGUCCUGUUUCUCGAUGCUUGGCUUGACAAGAUUGAUUUGCUCACUGCUACUGCAAAGAGGAAGCUCUCUGCUAUGGCGUUGUGCAUUUUGUUAACAUUACGGGAUCAGCACAUCUUGGAAAGAUUGGAACAAAUACUCAGGUUGUAUCCAACAUAACGAGUCUCGCUUCCAAGUUCCAACAUAGCGACCCAUGUGAUUUC